CACUUCCUCUUUGCUACAUCGCCUGUGCUUGCUUGAAACAAACCAGGAAACCCAACGCGACAUCCUGACAGCCCAUCUUUCAGGAUACUGAAGAACCCCACAGUACUUCGACUUUAGUAAUUAUCCCCAGCCUGUGGAGUGUGCUCUGCAAAAAAGUGAUCUCGAUUGGAUAACAACGGCGUCAACGCAAUGUCCAUGUACACGCUCGCCAAGGAACUCUUUUCUCCGACAGGGAUUGAGCGAGUGGUCCGAUGCAACUUUGUGCGGCCAGAUAUACUCAAUGUCAUCGUCUCGAAGUCGACUGUGCUGGAGAUCUAUAACUUCACGGAGCCAGCGCAGGCUGAUCAGCUACCAAAAUUGGAACUGGUGGCGACGCAUAGACUGAAUGGAAUCAUCACUUCCAUGGGAGUGAUCCGGACAAGUUCAUCAGGCCAGCACGGAUUGGACAGCAUCUUGGUCAGCUUCAAGGAUGCCAAGAUGUCCUUGCUGGAAUGGUCAUUCUCGAAUCAUUGUCUUGUCACUGUCUCGAUCCACUACUAUGAGCGAGACGACUACAAGCAAGAAUUUUUGAACAAUUCACACCCGACUGAGAUCCGAGUAGAUCCAUCGCGACGCUGCGCUGUCCUAGCAUUUUAUGGAGAUCGACUCGCCGUGUUACCCUUUAGACAGGAGGAGACCUCAAUUGGAGAAGAGGAUGAUGCAUCAAAGAAAUGGCCAUAUCUGCCGAGCUAUGUCAUGACGCUGUCUGAUAUUGAUAUUAGAAUCAAGAAUGUCAUUGACAUGGUGUUCCUCUAUGAUUUUUACGAGCCGACUCUUGCCAUUCUUUUCUCCCCUCAGCAAACGUGGACGGGCCGUCUGCCAGUGCGCAAGGAUACUUGUUCUCUGGUCGUGGUCUCGCUCGACAUAACCCACAAAGUCUAUCCCAUCAUUUAUUCUAUCGACCAACUCCCUUACGACUGCACAAAGGUCAUUGCCGUACCAAAGCCUGUCGGCGGACUUUUGGUUGUCUCUGCAAAUGCACUUAUUCAUCUUGAUCAGGGAUCGACAGGCAUGGGCGUGGGCGUCAAUGGCUAUGCACCUAUGGUGACAGAAUUUCCAUUACAAAACCAACAUCAUUUUGAUAUCGCAUUGGAGGGUUCACAGCAUGUCUUUCUGGCACCGGACCAAAUUCUGUUCACGCUGAGGAAUGGCGACAUGUAUGUGGUUGGGCUGCAGCAGGAGGGGCGAUCGCUCUCUGGGUUCAAGAUUGAGAAGGCGGGAACAAGCAUGCAGACAUCAUGCAAAUGUUCCCUCGGUUCUGGAUACUAUUUUGCUGGGUCCCGAUAUGCAGAUUCGAUGCUGAUCAAGUAUUCCACCAAAGAUCAGGUCAAGAAAAAGAAACGAAUUGCCGCGUUUCCAAUCAACUCGAUGGAUUUGGAAGAUGAACUCUAUGGACAGGAUGUGGAGACGAUUACGGAUCAACCGACGGAUAAGUCUAAGGAUGAGAUCGAGUCGGCCAUGGACGCAGGAGAAUCGAAAUGGCAGUUUGAGAUUUGCGACACUCUCACCAACACAGGGCCUAUACUUGACCUUGAUAUUGGGCAGAGGGCCAGCAAUGAAUCGCACUCCGACUUUCCUCCUCAACACGAGCUUGUCGCUGCUACAGGAUCUGGUCAAAACGGCGCACUUGUGGUCUUCCAGAGAAACAUCCGGCCAAAUGUUGUGCGGUCGACAGAUGCUUUAGCAGGAUCCAACUCGUUGUGGACAGUUUAUUGCAGGAAAGAGAUCAUAUUCGAGGGUGUGUCGCAAUAUGAGAGUCGCAAGACAGGCGAUGGCGCCGAGGACAGCUACGACAAAUUGUUGAUCGUGUCCAGGGAAACGGGCACAUUGGUGCUGGCGACUUCUGGAGAUGAUUUGCGUCAACUGCCCAACUCGCAGUUCUACUCCGAAGGGCCUACAGUUGCGAUAGGGUCUUUACUGGAAGAAACGAGAAUAGUGCAGGUUUAUUCCGGAGGGGUGCGUCUGCUCAAUGCAGACUGCAAGAUCAGACAAGUGAUCCCUAUCGGAGAACACCUCUCUAUUGUGGCUGCUAGCAUCGCCGACCCCUAUAUUUUGCUACAACUCCACGAUGGAUCAGCACUUCUGCUCAAAGGUGAUAUGAACACAAAGGAUGUGACAAUUGUCAGCCAAACCUCUGUCCUCAGUAGCUUGCCAAUCAAGAGUUGCUGUGUCUAUGCGGACACACUCAGUACAAUGCUCACUGUGAAAGAAGCACCGACAAUGGCUUCGCUACGAUCCUCGGUUGCGAAUACUUUGUCCAGCUCUGCAGCAGUUGGCAAGAAGCAGAAGCGUGCUAAGAAAUCCAAGAAGGAAGCAGCGCCUAUUGUUGAUGACGUUGAUUUAGAUCUCUAUGGACCUGCGAUGGAUGAAGAGGAUGAAGAGGAAAGCGAAGAGGAUGACGAUGUUGAGAUGGGUGCUGCACCAGGCACCAACGGCGACGUGCCCAUGGUCGAUGUAGACAUGGAGAACGUCCAGUCCACUGCCAAGGCGAGCAUGGCCAAUCCUGAGGGGCAGUCUCUACAGGCGACACAUUGGUGUGUCAUUUACCGAGCGGAUGGCGCGCUCGAGAUCUAUCGCCUGCCGGAUUUCAAAGAGGUGUUCUUCUUCCCUCAUUUUGAUCUCUUGCCUGACGUCCUCCCAGAUGCACCUGCGCAUCAAAAUACCAAGCCUGCUGGCCAUGCUCGCGAGAUCACUGAGAUGGUUAUGGCAAACAUGGGAGCUAAAGAAAAAAGGGAAACCUAUCUUGUGAUGAGGACAUACCGCGGCAAUAUUGCUGUAUACAAAACAUAUCAGCACUUCCCCACAGUUGAGCUGGACUCUGCAGGAAAGCAGAUUGAUUUCUCAGAUCGGCUGGCAAUUCGAUUUAGAAAAGUGCCCUUGGAUAACGUGGCACGCGAGACCCCAGAAGACGAGGACCCGGAUGAGCGAUCGAACGCAAAUGUCACAGAAGACGAUUCUAGGGACGCUGUCGAGCGAGAGAUCAAACGGCAGGAGCGGAGGAGACAGCGCAAAGCUAGAAACCUGAUCCCUUUUACGGAUGUAGCUGGAUAUGAAGGUGUGUUUGUCUUAGGAACCUCGCCCCUGUGGAUCAUGAGCAGUGGAAGGGGUUUACCAAGAGUCCAUCCUAUGAUCUGUGAUGGCAGGAUUGGGUGCUUCACGCAAUUCCAUAACCUCAACUGCAAGCACGGCUUCAUAACAUUGAACGCGGAGGGGAACUUGAGGAUCAGUCAGCUCCCUUAUGAAGGCGUUCAGUACGACAUGCCUUGGCCGAUUCGCAAGGUGCCUUUGAAAAAAGCUGUGCGACGUAUCGUGUACCACCCAACCUCCCAAACAUAUGUCACUGUUACGGCCAUUCCAGACCCAUUCGUAGUGAAGGAUGAGAACAACGUCGCUGUCCACGACCAGGCUACAGCAACAGCAGCCGGCGGCAUUGCCACACCUGCAACUCCAGACACGCAUGCUGUGUUGAACGGUACGGCCGACAGUAACGGUCAUCUCAAAGUCAAGCCUACGGGGCCAGGAUUUCGACCCCUCUCUGAGAGACAGACAUUAGAGCUAGUGUCGCCUGUUACUUGGGAAACUGUGGACCGGUUUGAGCUGAAUGAAUACGAGAUCGUUACGAGUAUUGAGACUGUAAGUCUAGAGUCUAGCCAGGAUGCAUCCGGCCGCAAGAAAUUUAUUGCUGUAGGGACAUCCUACAUCAGGGGCGAAGAUUCAGCCAUGCGUGGAACGAUAUACAUCUUCGAUAUUAUUGAUGUCGUACCAGAGCCCGAUAACCCUCAGACAGAUCACAAGCUAAAGUUGCUUCACAGCGAGGAGGUCAAGGGCUCUGUCACGGCCAUGGCUGCUAUCUGCGGGUACCUAUUGACUUGCGUUGGUACUAAGGUCUUGGUGCGUAGUUUCGAGGACAACGAGACCUUGACCGGUAUUGCAUUCAUUGACGUCCAGAUCUUUGUUACGAGCGUCAAGGUGGUCAAGAACACGAUCAUGCUCGCAGACGCCUACAAGAGUGUAUGGUUCAUUGGGUUCCAGGAUGAACCUACAAAGUUGGUACUGUUGGGCAAGGAUUACCACCCUAUGGAAUCCAUGAACGUGAGCUAUUUAAUCGAAAAUCAGACGCUAAAUAUCGUUGUGGCCGAUGCCGAAAAGAAUAUUCGUCUAUUGCAGUACACGCCCUAUAAUGUACAAUCAUUCAGUGGACAGAAGCUGAUCUGCCGCGGCGACUAUCAUGUUGGAUCACAAAUCCAGACCACUAUUGCGGUCCCGAAGAUCGUUCUCAGUGGUUCAGAUGAAGGCAUCAGUCAUUUGACGCUCUGCGGCACGCUGGACGGUGGGCUAUGCAUGAUCACGCCGAUCCCCGAAAAGACCAGCAAGCGCUUAGCACUCUUGAGCUCUCAGAUUGUUAAUGGGGUACAACAUCAUGCAGGACUGAACCCACGUGCGUUUAGGUUGUUACAGUCCAAGGAUCGCCUCAACUCGAACCCUGCCAAGGGUAUCCUAGACGGCGAUUUGCUCUUUGAGUUCGUCAAUCUGCCGGCCAACAGACAAAAGGAAAUGACAAAGCAGAUCGGAACAGGCGUAGAUCGGGUCAUGGAUGAUUUGGCAGCUAUUGCAGUCGCAGCUGAUCAUUUCUAAUCGGAUAAGUUGGUGUCGUCCCAGCUGCGGUGGAUGAGCAGAUAAAUAAAACGCACGGCACGUUUUACAUGC